AUGAAAAGCAAGCCUGACACGUCAUCUUCCGCACCCGCUGUUGUCUCUUUCUUUUCUGUGAUUGCAGUAGGAGUGACUGCAGUCGUUAUCGCUCUAUUAACACUUGUAUAUCCAGAAUCAUUACAACACUUUGUGUCGACGUUUGCAAGCGUGGAGAACAAACCAAACGUGGUAAAUUGUACUGCAGCUGAACAAUAUUUGACUGACGUGCUGCCUGUUAAAGGCUUUCACAUUUUAUGUGUCCAGAAACGUAUUGAUAACAAAUUGGAUAUUACAGCGUUUAAAGAUGGCAAUGCGCCUUCUUUACAGAAUCAAACGUCUUUUGAACAUUUACAGACGCAUUUGGAAGUUCUUCUGGAUAUUCAAAUGCCCGACGAUGAAGUUGCAAGAAAGUACAAGCAACCGUACGCACUUUUCACGCCUGAGGGCAAGAGAUUAAAAAGACUGGACGACGUCGUCAACAAUGUUGUCUUUCUAUUUGAAGGAGGACAAUUUAUCUGGCCGGGUAUUCGUAUUGGACACAAAACUUUGGUCAAGGAUGUAACUGGUAAAGGAGAUGUCGUGGUGGAAACGUUAAGCAUGAUUCCACUGGUUUUUAGUGUGGAGGAAUUUCUUAAAGACGACGAGAUUGACAUUAUUAUGAAUUUAUCACUAGACCAUCUCAAGCCAUCAACGGUGGCACUAUUAGAUGGACAUGAAAAUCGAGCGGCUACGGAUUGGCGAACAAGUACGACGUACUUCUUGUCGUCGAACAAACACCCGAGACUUGGCGAGAUUGAUCAACGGGUUGCUGAUUUGACGAAAGUUCCCAUUGAACAUCAAGAAGAUGUACAGGUGCUGCGCUACGAAAAAACACAGAAAUAUGACCACCACACAGACUAUUUUCCGGCAGAACUUCAUAAAAACUCGCCUGAUGUUUUGAAAUCGAUCGAUUAUGGGUACAGAAAUCGUAUGAUUACCGUGUUUUGGUACAUGUCGGACGUCGCAAAGGGUGGACAAACAAUUUUCCCACGUUUUGGUGGAGCGCCUCGUCCGCAAACGAUGAAAGACUGCACGAAGGGUCUAAAGGUGCCUCCCAAAAAGCGUAAUGUGAUUGUUUUCUACAGUUUGUUGCCUAAUGGAGAUGCGGAUCCGAUGAGUCUUCACGGCGAGGUCGUAAGUAAAACGACAACGAAAGGUUGUAAUGGAGUGAGCAAGGGUAUUUACCAUAUUAACCAGUUAGCACGCUCUUCGUUGCAUCGCUACAGCCGAUCGUGCUACAAAAUUAGUCAGUUUUCUCUUCCAAUGUUCUUGUUUUUCUCAACUAAGAAUUGA